CCAGCGUAUUUAUUUUAUAUAAAAAAAUAUUUUUUCAUUAUCGUUUCAUAUCAAUUUACGCUGCAAUUUAGUCAAAUAUUAAACCGUUUGAAGUUCUAAUGUCUCCGGCAAGAUGUAUAAAUAUAAGUUAGAAUCUGGCAAAGAACCAAGUAGAAACAGUCACAUUUGUUUAGCACAUUUUGUGUGUUAAAGACCCUUUAGAAACUCACAAAAAUAGUUUUUUUUAUAAAUGUUGAUUAAAAAUAAUUUAAAAAAUGGAAAUGAACGUUAUUUCGUUUUUUAAUUUGUUAGUGGUAGUCAUAUUAGUUCAAAAGUGUUAUAGUGUAAAAAAAGAAACGUAUAAUAUAGGUAUUAUUUUCAACGAACCGUCCUCCCAGUCUGAAUUGCCUUUGAAUGAUACUAUUGUUAGAAACAAUAUUAUAGAGAAAGAAACUUCUGUGUCACUAUCAAGCAAGGUGCAGGUUGUCAGUAAAAUAGACAUUUUUGAUACAUCAAAGCAAAUAUGCAACCUCAUAGACGAUGGUGUAGUAGCUAUUCUUGGUCCUUCGACUUAUGUGACUUCUCCGGUAGUAGAAUCUACAUGCAAAAACCUUAAUCUACCGUACAUAGUUACUUCAUGGAGAAUGACAAGUUUUGAAGAAUCGGAUGUGUUUUUGAAUUUUCAUCCUGAUGCUGACAAGUUAGCGAAAGGUAUAGCAGACAUUGUGAGAAGUUUGGGAUGGGUCGGAAUAAUAAUAUUAUAUGAAGAGGAAGAAGGUUUAGUGAAGUUACAAGAAGUAUUAAAAUUACAGAAUUUAAAAAGAACUGACAAUCACGAUUUUAUACGAGUGCAGCAUUUAACUGAUGGUCCUGAUUAUAGACCUUUGUUCAAGAAAUUCAGAAACACAACAGAAAAUAAUAUAAUACUGGACUGCAAAACAGAAAAUAUUUUACCAAUCUUGACUCAAGCCAAAAGUUUGGACAUGUUAGAUAUCAGAUUCAACUAUUUUUUGACGUCAUUGGAUGCCCAUACGGUAGAUUAUUCCUCUCUGAACGUAACUGCUAAUAUUACAACGAUCAGGAUAUUUGAUUACAAUUCUGAAGAAUUUUUGAAUGCACUUCAGAAGUGGGGCAUUACUGCAUUUGAAUUUUUUAAAACACCUCUUUAUCUUACACCGACUAGUAUAAAGACCGAGACUGCCCUUUUCCAGGACGCUCUGACUUACUUAACGGCAGCUCUAAAGGAUUUGCCAUAUUUACCAGAAAGUAAAGUGAAUUGUUUUGCAGAUGACAAAUAUAUGAAUGGUUUUUCUAUCAUAAACGCCACUAGACAUAAAGAAGAUCUACCUACUAUUACUGGUCCAAUAAAAUUUGAUGACUUUGGUAACAGAAUAGAUUUUAACAUCUAUGUGUAUACUCUCGACGAAGAUCAACUGAUUGGUACUUAUCAAGCCUUAAAUGAAACGAUGGUUUUUGCCAGAACUUCUGAAGAAACUAGUUUGGCAGCAACAUCUAAUCUGAAGAAGGUCAAAGUUAUGGUUUCUACUAGAAUUGGUAAUCCAUUUUUAAUGGAGGUGACACCACAAGACGGUCAAAUUUUAGAAGGUAACGAUCGAUAUGAGGGAUAUACAAAAGAUUUAAUGGAUGAAAUUGCCAAAAAUAUUGAUUUUACUUUUGAAUUACAUAUAACAGAAGGUAACCUCUUUGGAUCCUAUUUGGAAGAUCAAAAACGGUGGACUGGGCUAAUAGGAGAUCUUUUAGAAAGAAGAGCUCAUUUAGCGCUAUGUGAUCUAACUAUAACCCAUCAACGACAAUCCGUGGUAGAUUUUAGUAUGCCAUUUAUGACUCUGGGCAUAAGUAUUCUGCAUAAAAGUCCUGCUAAAGAUCCAACAAGAACUUUCGCUUUUUUGGAACCAUUUGGUACAUCAGUAUGGAUUUAUUCAGCCACAUUGUAUCUAGUAGUAUCUAUUAUCUUGUAUUUUAUUGCGAGAAUGACUCCUGGCGACUGGGAAAAUCCGCAUCCUUGCGACGAUAAGCCAAAAGUACUGGAAAAUAUUUGGACUUUACAGAAUUGUCAUUGGGCCACUUUGGGCACUAUUAUGAAUCAAGGAUGUGAUAUUUUACCAAAAGGAAUUUCAUCUAGAUUUGCUUUGGCAAUGUGGUGGUUCUUUGCUCUUAUCAUCACCAAUUCCUAUAUUGCUAACUUGACUGCAUUUUUAACCAAAGCUAACUUAGAACCACCAAUCAAAAAUGUUGAAGACUUAUCAAAACAGAGCAAAAUUAAAUAUGGGUGUUUGGAGAAAGGGUCUACUGAACAAUUCUUUAAGGAUUCCAAUAUAACAAUGUUUCAAAAAAUGUAUACUUUCAUGAAAACAACAAGACCAAGUGUUUUCGAAUCAGAAAACAUAGAUGGGGUAAAUAGAGUGCUAAAUGAUAAAAAGGGCUUAUACGCAUUUUUAAUGGAAUCUACUCAGAUUGAAUAUUACGUUGAAACGAAUUGUAAAUUGAAGCAAAUAGGUGAUUGGCUUGAUACAAAAAGUUAUGGAAUUGCAAUGCCUAUGAACGCACCUUACAGGGGAGCUAUAGAUAAAGCCAUAUUGGAACUUCAAGAAACUGGGAAACUCGGUGAGCUGAAAACUAAAUGGUGGAAGAAAAAAAUAAAGAAAAUGCCUUGCGAUGAGAACAAUAAUAUUGAUAAAGAUGAUAAUAGCAAUGAUUUGGAUAUAGCAAGAACAUUUGGUAUAUUCUUGGUUUUGCUAGUUGGAGUCAGUAUUGCGAUAUUACUAGGAUUGGUCGAAUUUUUAUGGAAUGUUAGAAAUAUAUCCGUAGAAGAGCACUUGUCAUUCUGGGAAGCCCUAAAAAUAGAACUGAAAUUUGCUGUGAACAUCUGGAUAACAAAGAAAAAAAUAAAAGUCGUAGCAUCAGAUACUUCAUCUUCGAGUGGAAAAAGUGACAGAAGUGAUAAAGCUGAUAAAAAAAGUGCGAUUCAUAAUUUCCUACAUACUGCGAGUUCUUUUAUGAAUUUAAACGCAGAUACAUAAAAAUAGUACAAUUAGAUUUAGUACAAGUAGAUUUAAGUAUGAACUUUAUAUUAAAUGGACGCGCGAAAA